AUGGCCGCCACGCCAGAGCCCCCGGCCAAGGAGGUCGCCGCGUCUGAGUCCUCCUGUCAAGAAGGCCACCACGUCUCCCCAAGCUCCCUACACCACCAUGGCGCCCUGAACUGUAUAAAUCAUGGGGAGUCAGCGAAGGCUGAUGGAGGUCCAUCAGACAUCCAGAGAAUAAGAAGAGACCAGCAAGAUUCCAGCAGACGCACUCAGAACAGAACUGAGCAAGAGCCGACCAACAGGCUGUCCAUUGACAUGCUCCCUGACAAUAUGACACGAGUGGUGGAGGACUCCCAGAGGUACUACUCCUGGCGCAGUUUUGGUCCUGGUGACAAACGCACACAGGAUCUCUGGGUGGAUCUUGAUUCAAUGCAUCAAGGACCUGUUAGAGUGCACGCUAUCCUAUCCAACACACACAGACAAGCAUCGCGGGUGGCAUUAACCUUCGACUUCCUUUUCUAUGGACAUCAAGUGAGACAAAUCACCAUAGCAACUGGAGGUAUUGUUUAUAGACUCUGUUCACCUCUCUUCUCCAUUAGGCCAUUUAGAGCAGGGGCCGAGUUUGGACACCCCUGUUUUAAGGAAAUUGUAGAUAUGUACUUAACCAGGGUUGUCCAAGGUCGGUCCUAG